GAAAGGCCACGCCCACCCAGCAGCGGUCGUGCUGGCCCGGCUUGCAGAAGGUUGGCGGUGGCCAUUCAUUCUUCUGCGGUCCGCCGGAGGACGUGGAACAAGAAAAGAAAAACGGACCCGCAAGGAGGAGAGAAAGAAAAAAAAGAAAAGCCCCAGAAAAGAGGACACAAUUCGGCGACAAGUCGAGAAGAAAGUUAUCCACCUUCGACGGCGACUUUAGGCGUCCUUCCUUCGCCGCCCAUCCUCCGAUUUGUCACUUGGACUAAGCAACAACCACAUCCAUCAGAGAGUUUCGGGGUGCGGCGUCAGGAGCAGUGCAAGGUUUUCAAGGUCCGACACCAGAAGUUACGCAACGUUUUCAAGUUCCGACAUCAAUGGUGUGUCCGCGUCUGACGUGAGGCCAGGUGGUCCGGCCCAGGGGAAGGCCGCAUCAAAAGGAUGUAGACGGCGAGCGCCAGGCGGAAGACGAAGGACGGCCGAGCUGCGUGCGAGAGGAGGAGGAGGAGGAGGAGGAGGAGGAGGGGAGAUAAAAGGAACCCUGGACCAGGAAGUGAGGCGAGAGACGACUUCUGUUGGCGUGAAGAGCGCCCGGGACCGUGCGGCAGCAUGUGUCAUGUGAUCGUCACCUGCCGCUCCAUGCUGUGGACUCUGCUGAGCAUUGUGGUCGCCUUCGGCCAGCUCAUCGCCUUCAUGAGCACCGACUGGCUGGUGGGCUACCCGCGCACGCCCGACGCCGUCUUGGGCGGACACCACGGCACCACGGCGGCGGGCGAGGCCUACAGACCCACGCUGGGCCUCUACGGCCGCUGCGUCAAGCUGCCGCACCUGAAGCGCGGCGUGCUGUGCGGCCCGUACGCCGUCCACUUCGGGGAGAUCGCCAGCGGCUUCUGGCAGGCCGCCUCCAUCUUCCUGGCGGCCGGCAUCCUGCUGCUGUGCGCCGUGGCCUUCGUCUCCGUCUUCAGCGUCUGCUUCCAGAGCAUCUUGAAGAAGAGCAUCUUCAACGUCUGCGGCCUGCUGCAAGCCAUCGCAGGUCUCUUCCUGAUCCUGGGCCUGAUGCUGUACCCCGCCGGCUGGGGUUCGGACAAGGUCCAGCUGUACUGCGGGCCGGACGCGGCGCCGUACCGCGCCGGCCUGUGCUCCAUGGGCUGGGCCUUCUACACGGCCAUGGGCGGCACGCUGCUCACCUUCGUGUGCGCCGUCUUCUCGGCGCAGGCGGAGAUCGCCACCUCCAGCGACAAAGUGCAGGAGGAGAUCGAGGAGGGCAAGAGCCUCAUUUGCCUGCUGUGACGCCCUCUCGCCACCGGGGGGCGCCCUCGCCCCUUUUGUUUUUGUACAUAGUCUGCCAGGGGAAGCGCCACUCUGCCAACAUGAAACUACUCCGCUCCACAGUGGACCUACGGAAUGUAGUGUGUGUGUGUGUGUGUGUGUGUGUGUGUGUGUGUGUGUGUGUGUGUGUGUGUGUGUGUGUGUGUGUGUGUGUGUGUGUGUGUGUGUGUGUUUGUGUCUGUGUCUGUGUGUUUGUGUCUGUGUGUGUGUGUGAGACCCUUGAAAUGUAAGGCCAGAGGGGAUUCUUCAGUCCGCGCAGGUUCAGCAUCCCGGGGGACAGAGACUGUGUCGCCGUGGCAACCGUCACUGAAGACCCUCCACGUCCGUGUUUCGGUAAAGAACUUUUUUUUUUAAUUGUUUUUUUUUUUCUCUUGUUGUCUCUCGUUGCCUAGCAACCUGUGAGUGGUGUGUGUGUGUGUCGGAGGAAGGGAGAUUAAAAGAGGAAAAAAAGGGGAAAA